AUGCCGUCAAAGAACUCGAUCAACAAGCCCAAGCUUGCAGUCAAGCAAUCGCGCAAGUCGAUGACGGGCCAGAAGCGCGCGACGAAGCGCAUCGCGGCGGAUAACUUCAAGUCGCGCGGCAUCAUCAAGGCCGACAGCGUCAUGCACUCGCGCGCGCUCUCGCGCAAGCAGGAGAGGAAGAAUAAGCGGAAUUCGCGGUAUAUGGCGCAGCAUGGGAUUGUUGUUGAGGAGAAUGGCGAUGUGGUGAUGAAGAUUGACGAGGCGAAGGAUAUCGUUGGAAUUUCCCGUACUCAGCUGAAGAAGGAAGAGCGUCAACGUCUGUUUUCCGUCGACAAGGUUGCCGGAAUCGAAGACGUCCUGAUUGAGAUGGACAUCGCGUCCUCCGGCGCCGGAACUACUCUCGGCGGUCCCCCCGCUGCCGUCGUCGCCGCCCAAGCUGCCGCCGCUGCUCAGUAA